UGGGAAUUUUGCGGAAUUUCAUUUUCUAUUCAUCCACCACACCACCCGUCGCUACAUUACUCGCAUCAUGGGGGCCGAAUGCUGUGACGGUCAUGGACAUUCCCACGGAGGACCUGCGGUGGCGCAUGUUGCUGGAGCCCCGCUGACUGCUGAGGAAGAGGCCGAGUUCAAGAAGGUCAAGAAGAUGGCCGACUUUCUUCGCGGCCGCAAGGGCAUGCCCGUGCGCCAAGCCAUCGAGAUGGGAAAGCGUGUCGAAUUCUUCCGGGGCGACAAGCUCGGUAAAUUCCUGCUGAACAACGCCGUGGCCGAACGGUACUGCCCGUCGCCAGUGACGGAAAAGGCACAUGCCAUCGACAUGGGCAAGUUGUUGAUCCAUCACGGGUUCAUCCACCGCAGCAACCGCGACGAACGCAACAAGAAGGUGUUGCAGCCCACACAGGACACGGAGUUUGUCGCCGACGGGUACUACACGUGGAUGUACGACGGCCCGACGACGUUCCGCAACUUUCUCACGACGCUGCUCAUCAUCGGGUUCACGGGCCUUGUGUGCUACCCGAUCUGGCCGCAGUGGAUCAAGGUCGUCGUGUGGUAUUGCUCGGUCACGUUUUUGAUCUUCAUCUUUGUGUUCUCGCUCGUGCGGGUGUUUGCAUUUUUCAUCCUGUGGCUCGUGGGCAUUGAGUUUUGGUUCCUGCCCAACAUUUACGACGACAACCUGGGGGUCGUCGACUCGUUCAAGCCGCUGUACAGUCUCAAGAGCACCGACAUCAGUGAACGCAAGUACCGCGCGAUUGCAUUCGUCUUGUUCAUCGUCCUGUGCGUAUGGAUCGCCCAGCAGCCCACCGACUUUGACGAGUACAUGGAGCUCACGAAGCAGUUUACCGACGACAUCUACUCGGGCAAGCUCAUCGACGACAUGAGCCAGCAACAGCGAGACAGCAUAGACAAGAUGAAGAUCCCCGACCUCGAAGACCUCAUGAAGGACGACGCGACGGACAUUUUCUCGGAGAAGGACGAGGAUGCGAUCUUUGACAACUUCCUGGACUCCAAGUACUUUUCCAAAGACGGCGACGAUGUUGACGAAAAGGACGACUUGUAGGCUUGAUUGAAUAACACGUUCUCAUAUGUAUAUAGCCCCCUGCUUUCCGUACCUUUCCUAGCAUGAUGCUGCGGUACGUACCACAGGAAAUCCUCACAGGGCGGCGCGAGGACGUUCCUCUGACUCGCCUCGCACACAUGGAGACGAUCACUGGGCUUCGUCCUCGUCCUUUGCAUACCAUGACCUUUCAGAAAUGUCUUGCCGUGACAUCUAUUCCACCUUGGCACCGCCGCGCGCUUUCAGUUGUCCGCGC